GUCGAGGUCGGAAAUUCCAAAUACGCGCCGCCGCGUCGUUUAGUGUGUAAGGGCCUUGAGUGUGUAGGGUUUAUUGAUAUGUAAGAAGUACAGUAUUUUUUGUAGUUUCAGCUUUACAUAUUACACAUUGGUAUACUGGAGAACUGAGAAUGGGGCCAAAAAAGGCAGCAGGUGGAGGAAAAGGGAAUGCUGGUGGAAAAGGUGGUGCCGGAGGCAAAGGAGGAAAAGCCAAGCCUGGAGGAGAUGCUGAUAGUGGGAAAGAAAAGCAAAAGGGAGGUGGAUCAUCCCAGGUCAAGGUGCGCCACAUCCUCUGUGAGAAACAAUCUAAGGCGCUGGAGGCGCUGGAGAAACUCCGAGCCGGCGCCAAGUUCAACGAGGUGGCGGCCACUUACAGCGAGGACAAGGCGCGCUCGGGCGGCGACCUCGGCUGGAUGACCCGCGGCUCCAUGGUCGGCCCCUUUCAGGAGGCGGCCUUCGCACUGCCCACGUCCACAAUAGCGAACCCCAACUAUACGGACCCUCCCGUCAAGACCAAGUUCGGCUAUCAUAUCAUCAUGGUGGAAGGGAAGAAAUGACACCGGCUGUUUGAUGGUGAUGGCUGCUCCUGUGCUUUGAUGUUCUCUGUGAGACUUUUGUCGUUAAUUUUUUUAAUUGAAAUAUAUUGACCAGGGAUA